AUGGCAACCCCCCCAAAGGAGCGCGGCAUCCGCAUAGCCAUCGACCGCGGCGGCACCUUUACCGACUGCGUGGGCGAGCACCGCGGCGAGGAAAUCAUCAUCAAGCUGCUGUCCGAGGACCCGGCCAACUACAAGGACGCGCCGCUCGAGGGCAUCCGCCGCAUCAUGAGCCAUUUCCUCAAGCGCGAGAUCCCCCGCGGCGAGGCCCUGGACACGUCCGAGAUCGACUCCAUCCGCAUGGGCACCACCGUGGCGACGAAUGCGCUGCUGGAGAGAAAGGGCGAGAAGAUUACCAUGGUCGUCACAAAGGGCUUCAAGGACUGCUUGACGAUAGGCAACCAGUCCAGGCCCAAGAUCUUUGACCUGGCCAUCAGGAAGCCCGACGUCUUGUAUGAGCAGGUCGUCGAGAUUGACGAGCGGGUCACGCUGGAAGACUACGCCGAGGACCCGGAGAGGAAAAUCACAGAGGCGGACGCCCAAGCGGGCUCCAAGGAAGCGCAGGGCAAAGACCUCGUCAGGGGCCUCUCCGGCGAGACGGUCAGGAUACUGAGACGCCCUGAACACGACGACAUCAGGGGAAAGCUGCAAAAGGUGUACGACGCCGGGAUCCGCAGCAUAGCCGUCUGUCUGAUGCACGGAUACACGUUCCCCGACCACGAGGCUCUGAUAGGCCGCAUCGCCAAGGAGAUUGGCUUCCAGCACAUCUCCCUCAGCCACGAGCUGAUGCCCAUGGUGAAGCUCGUGCCCCGGGCGACGUCCGUCUGUGCAGAUGCCUACCUGACGCCCGCCAUCAAAAAGUACAUCAAUGGCUUCCAGGCGGGCUUCGAGGGGGGUCUUGGCACGGAGAGCGUCAAGCACGAAAGGGGACGCAAGGGCGCUCGAUGCGAGUUUAUGCAGAGUGAUGGUGGGCUUGUUGAUGUGGACAAGUUCACCGGUCUCAAGGCCAUCUUGUCUGGCCCGGCGGGAGGCGUCGUGGGAUAUGCCAUCACCUCUUACGACGAAGAGACAAAGAUUCCAGUGAUUGGAUUUGACAUGGGAGGCACCAGCACAGACGUAUCUCGUUACGGAGAAGGCCGGUACGAGCACGUCUUUGAGACCACCACGGCCGGCGUCACCAUCCAGUCGCCCCAGCUGGACAUCAACACCGUCGCUGCCGGCGGCGGCUCUCGUCUCUUCUUCCGCAACGGACUCUUCGUUGUCGGGCCCGAAUCCGCCGGCGCACAUCCCGGCCCUGCGUGCUACCGAAAGGGCGGUCCGGCGACUGUCACAGACGCCAACCUCUAUCUGGGCCGCCUCCUGCCCGAGUUCUUCCCCAAGAUCUUUGGCAAGAAUGAGGACGAGGGUCUCGAUGUAGAGGCGAGCAGAAAAGUGCUGCAGGAAUUGACAGACCAAAUCAACCAAGAGACGGGAAAGAGCCUGUCCGCAGACGAAGUCGCCUUCGGAUUCCUCACAGUCGCAAACGAGACCAUGACGCGCCCCAUCCGAUCCAUCACCGAAGCAAAAGGCCACGACACGUCCAAGCACCGCCUCGCGACCUUUGGCGGCGCCGGCGGCCAGCACGCCGUCGCCAUCGCCGAGUCCCUCGGCAUCAAACAGAUCCUCGUCCACCGAUACUCGUCCGUCCUGUCCGCCUACGGCAUGGCCCUCGCGGACGUCGUCGACGAGCGCCAGGAGCCGGACUCUUCAGUGUGGGAGGACGGCGGCAAAGUCGUUGCCGAGCUGCAGGCCAAGAUGGAGAAGCUCAAGGAAAAGUCGCGCGCGGCGCUCAAGGACCAGGGCUUCGAUGACAACGAGAUUGUCUUUGAGGAGUACCUCAACUGCAGAUACCGUGGGACCGAGUCUGCGCUCAUGACCAUCAAGCCCAGCAAAGAGGAAGCAGAGGCCAACUACGGUGGCAACGACUGGGACUUUGGCAAGGCAUUUGUCAAGCAUCAUCGGUACGAGUUUGGCUUUACGCUGGACGAUCGAGACAUCAUUGUCGACGACGUGAGGGUCCGUGGAAUCGGUAAAAGCUUCCGCCAUCAGGAGAAGUCCGUGGACCAGCAGCUCAAGACGAUUCAGCGACGGGAGGUCUCGUCCAAGGCGCAGCACAGCGAGCAGGAAGUCUACUUUGAGGGCGGAAGAGUCAAGACGCCCGUGUACAAGCUCAAGGACCUGAGCGAGGGCGACGUGGUCAACGGCCCGGCCAUGCUAGCCGACGGAACGCAAACCAUUGUCGUAACUCCGCGAACCAAGGCUCUCAUUACGGGAACACACGUGGUGCUGGACAUUGCAAAAGAAGGCGCCAAGGAUGAAUCCCACAGCACUGCAGAUGAAGACCGUGAAGUCGACCCCAUCAUGCUCAGUAUUUUCGGCCACCGAUUCAUGGCCAUUGCCGAACAAAUGGGCCGCGCCCUCCAGAAGACGAGCGUCAGCACAAACGUUAAGGAGAGGCUCGACUUCUCCUGCGCCAUCUUCGACGCCGCGGGCAACCUCGUCGCCAACGCGCCACACCUGCCCGUCCACCUGGGAAGCAUGAGCCACCUCGUCCGCCGCCAAGCAGAGAUCUGGAAGGGCCGGCUGGAAAGGGGCGACGUCAUCAUCUCCAACCACCCCUCGUACGGAGGCACCCAUCUCCCCGACGUCACGCUGGUGAUGCCCGCCUUCGACGCAAAGGGGGAGAAGAUCCUCUUCUACGCAGCCUCUCGGGCUCAUCACGCCGACAUCGGUGGCAUCAGCGCGGGCAGCAUGCCGCCGCACUCUCGCGAGCUGUUCCAAGAAGGCGCUUCCAUCCGCAGCGAGAAGCUCGUCAGCGGCGGGAAAUUCGACGAGCAGCGCGUCGUCGAGCUCUUCUACAACGAGCCGGCCCAGUAUCCCGGGUGCAGCGGCACGCGCUGCCUCGCCGACAACAUCAACGACCUGAAGGCGCAGGUCUCGGCUAACAACAAGGGCAUUUCUCUCAUCGAGACGCUCAUCGAGGAGUACGGCGAGGAAACCGUCCAGUUCUACAUGGUCAACAUCCAGAAGAACGCCGAGCUGUGCGUCCGCCGCCUCCUCAAGGACGUCUACAAGCGCUUCGAGGGCAAGGAGCUCUCCGCCGUGGACUACAUGGACGACGGGACGCCCAUCCGGCUGAAAGUCACCAUCGACCCCGAGGCGGGCGAAGCAGAGUUCGACUUUGACGGCACCGGCCCCGAAGUCUACGGCAACAUCAACGCGCCCCAGGCAAUCACGUACAGCGCCAUCAUCUACUGCCUGCGGUGCCUCAUCUCCGAGGACAUCCCCCUGAACCAAGGCUGCCUGAAGCCGAUCCACGUCAAGAUCCCCGAAAAGUCCAUCCUGUCGCCCUCCGCGGGGGCCGCCGUCGUGGGCGGCAACGUCCUCACCAGCCAGCGCAUCACCGACGUCGUCUUCAGGGCCUUUGAGGCCUGCGCCGCCAGCCAGGGCUGCUGCAACAACCUCACCUUUGGCUUCGGCGGCAACCAGUCCGGCAAGGAGGCCGUCAGGGGCUUCGGCUACUACGAGACCAUUGCCGGCGGCAGCGGCGCCGGGCCGGACUGGGUCGGCACGAGCGGCGUGCACGUCCACAUGACCAACACGCGCAUCACGGACUCGGAGAUCUUCGAGCGGCGGUACCCCGUCCUCCUGCGCGAGUUCUCCAUCCGCAAAGGUUCGGGGGGCAACGGCCAACACCGCGGAGGCGACGGCGUCGUCCGGGACAUUGAGUUCCGCAUACCCCUGCAGGUGUCCAUCCUCAGCGAGAGGCGCGUCUACCGCCCGUACGGCCUCAACGGCGGCGAGGACGGCGAGUGCGGACUCAAUCUGUGGGUGAGGAAGGUGGAAAAGGCAGACUGGGAGCGGUCCCUCAAGAGGCUCCAGGGGCAGGAGAAGGAGGACGACGACGACGACGACGCAGGGCAGCCGGAGUAUGAGGAGCGGCACAUCAACCUGGGCGCCAAGAACACGGCCGCCAUGGCUGCGGGCGACCGCAUCAUCAUCUGCACCCCGGGAGGCGGAGGCUGGGGCAGGCCAGGCGAGGCCAGCAAGGAAAGGGUAAGGGCGGACUUGACCGAGAGCUGGAGGAAGGGUAGCGGUGCGGCGAGAGACGACACUGCUCUGCAGGCUUAG